AUGAAAAGGGUGAUGAGGAAGCGAUUUGUUCCUAGUUAUUACUACCGGGAGCUGUAUAAUAAGUUACAAAGUCUUAGGCAAGGUAACCGGAGUGUAGAGGAAUAUUUUAAGGAGAUGGAAGUGGCCAUGAUUAGAGCUAACGUAGAGGAGGAUCGGGAGGCUACUAUGGCAAGAUUUUUGGCUGGAUUGAACCGAGAAAUUCAAAAUGCCGUGGAAUUACAACAUUAUGUGGAGUUGGAGGAUAUGGUGCACAUGACCAUCAAGAUUGAGAACCAGUUCAAGAGGAAAGGCAAUACACGUGCAAGCCAAAGUCCAAGCACAUCCACUUGGAAACCGAAUCAGUGGAAGAAAGAUGAGAAGCAAUCCACGUCGAUGUUGAAAACCGAGCAAAAGCAAGAAGCAACCAGCCAUGUUCCUCAAGGUAAAACCGACAUUUCUACCUCUAGGAAUCGUGACAUUAAGUGUUUUAAAUGCCAAGGCAGGGGACACAUAGCAAGUCAAUGCCCAAACAAGCGGGUCAUGGUGAUGCGAGACAAUGGUGACAUUGUGACCGACACUGAAGAUUCCGACACCGAUGACAUGCCCCCAUUGGAGGACGUUCCCGAGGAGGAAUAUUUAGUUCCAGAUGCAUUGACAUUGGUGGCAAGGAGAGCAUUAAGCUUGCAAACAAAAGGAGUUGAAGAAGUGCAGCGGGAGAACAUCUUUCACACUAGGUGCUACAUCAAAGACAAGGUAUGUAGUGUGAUUAUUGAUGGUGGUAGUUGUACUAAUGUCGCAAGUGCAACAAUGGUGGAAAAAUUAAGACUGCCCAUGGUGAAGCACCCUAGGCCGUACAAGCUGCAAUGGUUGAAUGAUAGUGGUGAGAUAAGGGUGAACAAGCAGGUGUUAGUUGCAUUUCGAAUCGGUAAAUACGAAAAUGAAGUGUUGUGUGAUGUAGUACCGAUGCAAGCAGGACACUUGUUGCUAGGGCGUCCAUGGCAAUUUGAUAGACGAGUGAAGCAUGAUGGCUUUACGAACAAAUACUCCUUUGUACUUAAUCAACGAUCAAUCACUCUUGUACCAUUGACUCCGCAGCAAGUAUAUGAGGAUCAAGUGAGAUUGCAAAAAGAGAAGAAAUCAGAGAGAAAACAAAAGAAUUUUUAUGCAAACAUGGGAGAAAUUAGGCAAGCAAUGUUUUUAAAUCAGCCGAUGAUUGUACUUUUGUACAAAGAGGCAUUUUUCAAUACUAACGAACUUGAUAUCUCUCUUCCUAGUUUUGUUGUUUCUCUUUUGCAGGAGUAUGAGGAUGUCUUUCCCGAGGAAACACCACAUGGCUUACCUCCAAUCCGAGGGAUUGAACAUCAAAUUGAUUUUGUUCCCGGUGCGACAAUUCCAAACCGACCAGCCUAUAGGAGCAAUCCUGAGGAGACAAAGGAGCUUCAACGGCAGAAGGAUGGGACGUGGAGAAUGUGCGUUGAUUGCCGAGCAAUCAACAACAUAACGGUAAAGUAUCGUCAUCCUAUUCCUCGCUUAGAUGAUAUGUUAGAUGAGUUACAUGGUUCUUGUGUAUUUUCUAAAAUUGAUUUAAAGAGUGGUUAUCAUCAGAUUAGAAUGAAAGAAGGAGAUGAAUGGAAAACUGCCUUUAAAACAAAAUACGGUUUGUACGAAUGGUUAGUUAUGCCUUUUGGUUUGACUAAUGCUCCAAGCACUUUUAUGAGACUUAUGAAUCAUGUUUUGCGUGCAUUUAUAGGUAGAUUUGUGGUUGUCUACUUUGAUGAUAUACUCGUUUACAGUAAAAACUUAGAUGAUCAUAAGGUACAUUUGAAAUCUGUCUUAGAUGUGCUUAGGAAGGAAAAGUUAUUUGCUAAUAUGAAGAAGUGUACUUUUUGCACCGAUAAGCUUGUUUUUUUGGGAUUUGUUGUUAGUGCACAAGGUAUACAGGUUGAUGAGGAGAAGGUACGUGCAAUCCAAGAGUGGCCUAGUCCCACAACUGUAAGUAAUGUUCGUAGUUUUCAUGGACUUGCUAGUUUCUUCCGGCGGUUCGUGAAGGACUUUAGUAGCAUAGCAGCACCACUUACUAAAGUGAUCAAGAAAAACGUUGGAUUUAGAUGGGGAGAAGAACAAGAGAAGGCGUUUCAGCUAAUCAAAGAGAAGCUGACCAACACUCCUUUAUUAUCUUUACCUAACUUUUCUAAAACUUUUGAGAUUGAAUGUGAUGCUUCAGGUGUUGGUAUAGGUGCAGUUCUCAUGCAGGAAGGACGACCAAUUGCUUACUUCAGCGAAAAACUAAGCGGGGCAGCCUUAAACUAUCCAACUUAUGAUAAAGAGUUGUAUGCAUUGAUUCGAGCUUUAGAGACGUGGCAGCACUACCUAUGGCCUAAGGAGUUCGUGAUACACACCGAUCAUGAGUCCUUGAAACACUUGAAGGGCCAACACAAACUAAACAAAAGACAUGCCCGAUGGGUGGAGUUCAUUGAGACGUUUCCAUACGUCAUUCGGUAUAAGCAAGGUAAGGAGAAUGUGGUCGCCGAUGCACUUUCUCGCAGGUAUGCAUUACUCUCUACACUUGAUGCAAAAUUGCUUGGUUUUGAGCACAUUAAAAAUUUAUAUGCUGAUGACCAUGAAUUUUGUGAGGAAUAUCGAGCUUGUGAGAAAAUUCCUUGUGGUAAGUUCUUUAGGCAUGAUGACUUUCUAUUUCGAGAGAAUAAGUUAUGCGUGCCAAAUUGUUCCUUGAGAGAGUUAUUAGUGCAGGAAUCACAUGGUGGGGGAUUAAUAGGACAUUUUGGAGUAGCAAAGGCUUUAGCUAUUUUGCAAGAACACUUCUAUUGGCCACAUAUGAAAAGAGAUGUUGAGAGAAUUUGUGGUAGAUGCAUUACGUGUAGGCAAGCUAAAUCCAGAGUGCAGCUUAACGGUUUGUAUACUCCUUUACCAAUUCCUAGUGAGCUUUGGAUUGAUAUUUCAAUGGACUUUAUGUUAGGAUUACCUAGGACUAAACGUGGGAGAGAUUCAAUUUUUGUGGUAUUUUCACCAUUUGAAGUUGUUUAUGGAUUUAAUCCUUUAACUCCAUUGGAUUUAUCUCCUUUACCUUUGACUGAGCAUGUUAAUUUAGAUGGCAAAAAGAAAGCUGAAUUUGUCAAGCAGAUUCAUGAGAAAACAAGACUCAACAUUGAGCUAAAAACGGAGCAGUAUACAAAAUACGCCAACAAGGGCCGUCAUAAGCUGAUUUUUGAACCCGGAGAUUGGGUUUGGUUGCAUAUGAGGAAAGAGAGAUUUCCGGCACAAAGACGUUCCAAACUGCUUCCAAGAGGAGAUAGACCUUUUCAAGUCCUGGAGCGCAUCAAUGACAAUGCUUAUAAACUAGAAGAAAUACUGGAUGAGACCGACAAGUAUGCUGUUGAUGUCCAUAAACAGCAAAGCAUAAUCUGCAAAGCCGUGGUCAUCUCGAAUAAAAGAGCCAUAGAUGCAUAUGGAUUAGCAGGAACGGAGAGGGAGAAAUUGAAGGCCUCAAUGAGUUCAUACUCUCAAUCACAAUCUCAAUGGUGCAAUUCGGAUGGCGCAAGUGAUCCUAUUGCUGGGAAAGAGAGCUAUUAUCCAAGGAGCACGACUUACAGUAGCUCAAGCAUUACAGGAGCCACAUCGGUCUUCUGCAAUUGCGGGGUAAGAGCUGUGAAGAUGACUUCUUACACUAAAGCAAAUCCUGGAAGAGCAUUCUACCGAUGCCCAUCUUGGAAGAACAAGAGAAGGAGCUGUGGGUACUUCGGAUGA